AUGAAUGUCAAUCCUGCCCCAAUCAAAAUUUCAACAAAAAAUGUGAAGGCCAAUGAAAAGAGGCCUGAAGGAGGUCAACAACGUGAGACGCGUCGCUCAUCACUUAAGGAAUGGGAACAAAAAGUCUAUCCUUUCCUAGACGCCGAUAUGCCUGAAAUGCUAGAACAACUGCUCAAGUUGAAAUUAAUUGAAUUGCCAGAAUGCAAACGACCGGAAGAGAUGAGAAAAGUUGAUGACCCGAACUAUUGUAGGUAUCAUCGCAUCAUAAGUCAUCCAAUCCAAAAAUGCUUUGUUCUUAAAGAACUCAUCAUGAAGCUAGCCAAGGAAAGGAAAAUCGAUUUGGAUUUUAAUGAUGUUGAACCGGUUCAAGUUCAGCUCUCACAAAAAGCACCUCAUUAUAGUUCAAACGAUGAUAAAAGGUCAACGACGGAUGAGGAAGAAGGUUGGACAAUGAUUGUUCUCAAGAGAUGGAAGAAGAAACGAGCAUUCCCUCUUCAUUUGAUCACCCAAGAGUCCAAAAGAGCACAAAACCAGAUUCAGCCUUGGUCAAAAAGAAUGAGUGAUAAGAGGCAAAGGAGACUGGGAACAAAAGUCGAUGAAGUUGAACCCUUGCAAUCCUCCACAUCACUAAAAGAAGUGCUCACCCGAGCUCUUGAGGAGCCAGAGAUAUACGCCCCUCAUACCAAUACGCUUCAACAAACACAGGGAUGUUACGCAUACUCUCCAGAUUUGACUUUCACUGAUGAGGAUCUAUUGUUAGGCUCUAAGCCCCACAAUUGCCCACUCUAUGUCUCUAGUUAUGCUCGUAAACAAAGGAUCGAGCGUAUCCUUGUUGAUGGAGGUUCAGCCGUUAACAUACUUCCAAAAAUUACCAUGAAACGACUGGGUUUUACUAUGGAAGAAUUAUCACACAGUCGUUUGGUCAUCCAAGGUUUUAAUCAAGGAGGACAACGUGCAAUCGGCCUAAUCCACCUAGAAUUAUCCAUUGGAGAAUUGAAAAGCAACGUCUUGUUCCACGUCAUUGACGCUAAGACGACCUACAACAUGUUGUUAGGACGUCCUUGGAUCCAUGAAAAUGGAAUAGUGCCAUCAACCUUGCAUCAAUGCUUCAAGUUCUUUCAAAAUGGAAUAAAAAAGGUCGAUGCCGAUUUAAAGCCUUUUGCAGAAACCGAAGCUCAUUUUGCUGAUGCAAAAUUUUAUGCAAAAGAAGACAUUUCUAGCGAGGUUCUUCCAAUUGAGAUCCCGUCUAUGAAAGGUAAACAAGAUGAAAAGGAGCAUGUUAAAUUCAUCGCCAAAAAGGACAUCUCUUCCCCAAAGAAAGUUCCAGAACCAUUCCUCCGGUAUAUACCAUUAUCACAUCGCAAGAAUGGACAAUCACCGUUCGCGGAAUGCCUUCAACCUACGAAAGACAUGGGGAGACCUGCAAAGCUCACGAUGGAGGAUGUAGCCAUAUUGAAAGAAAAUCAUGUCAUGCCUUUAACUUCAUCUACAAAUCCUUUGCCCUCGAAGCCGUUAAAUGGAUUCGUGAGAUCUUCGCAAAGUCCGAUAGAGCAUGGUAUUCUACCAAGUGAGCAGACGAAAGAAUGGUUCGACCCAAAGGCAUAUAGGCUGUUAGCCAAAGCAAGCUACGAUUUCUCAAAACAAGAAGACUUAGGGAAGCUAAUUCCAGAAGCCACCGGAGAAAAGAUGCAUGGCCUUAGCAAAACACAAAGGAAAAUGCGGCUUGAAGGGCAUAAAAUUCCUAUCCCAAAGACCGGAUUAGGUUAUACUCCCGAACAACCAGCUCGAAUAUGGAUCAAGAAAAGAAGAGAUCCUUCGAGUUCUCAAUACAUAACGGUGGAGGUCGGCGAAAGUUCAAAUCAAAGAAAAGACCAUUCUUCACCCCAUGUCUCAGAGUUUGAUCGCAUCGAGGCCUCGUCAUCACGAAUCACAGUGUUCGACAGGUUAAAUACAACUUGUUUAACACCAAAUCGGGACACUCUUGCUUGUAAAUCAGUCUUUGAUCGACUGGGGGCAACGAAAAGGCCUAUUGAUAGUCAUUCUCAAAGUUCAAUAAACUUUGACGUUCAAGGGGAGAAGAAAGCCAAUGAUGAGAUCCGCAGUAGCAUUCCUUCACGCAUGAAACGUAACUUUACCUUGGAGAUCAACACUGAAGGAUCGCUCAAAGUCAAAAGACGAACGAUUGUACAUACAAGUCAGUCACCCGUCCAUGAUGAGGAAAUUGAAGAGGUAUCAUCUUCGUUUCAUAUUACAAUAGAAGAGGGUACACUGUCAGAUGCUGAAGCAACCAAUGAAGAGGUCGAUGAAGCUCCUCCAGCCUUGGAAGAUGGAGGACAAGCUACAGUUGAUGAACUUAAAGAGAUCAAUUUAGGAACUGUUGAAGAACCCCGACCAACUUUCAUCAGUGCGCUUCUUACCCCUGAAGAAGAAGAAGGAUACCUCAAGCUCCUAGUAGAGUACAAAGAUGUGUUCGCUUGGACUUACAAGGAAAUGCCUGGGCUCAAUCCAAGUAUUGCUUUACACCAUUUGGCAGUAAAGAAAGGCGUGCGCCCAGUCAAACAAGCUCAAAGACGCUUUCGGCCAGAGCUUAUCCCUCAAAUAGAAACCGAGGUCAAUAAGCUCAUUGAAGCAGGCUUCAUUCGUGAAGUGCAGUACCCGGAAUGGAUUGCUAACAUCGUCCCUGUCAAGAAGAAGAAUGGACAAAUCCGAGUGUGCGUUGACUUCCGUGAUUUGAACAAUGCAUGUCCCAAAGAUGAUUUUCCAUUACCCAUCACUGAGGUCAUGGUUGAUGCCACUACCGAUCAUGAAGCUUUAUCUUUCAUGGAUGGAUCUUCGGGUUACAACCAAAUUCGAAUGAAUCCUAAGGAUGAGCAGCUUACAGCUUUUCGUACCCCUAAGGGAAUUUACUGUUACAAAGUGAUGCCUUUUGGACUAAAGAAUGCUGGUGCUACUUAUCAACGGGUCAUGCAGAAGAUCUUUGAUAAUGUACUUCAUAAAUACGUGGAGUGUUAUGUCGAUGAUCUGGUGGUUAAAACAAAAAGGAGGGAAGACCAUCUGGUAGAUCUACGAUCCGUGUUCACUCGCUUGAGAAAGUAUCAGCUUAAGAUGAACCCCCGCAAAUGUGCUUUUGGCGUAACAUCUGGAAAAUUUCUUGGUUUCAUUGUGAGGCACCGCGGUAUUGAAAUUGACCAGUCCAAAAUUGAAGCUAUCCAGAAAAUGCUAGAGCCCAAGAAUCUGCGAGAACUUAGAGGCUUGCAGGGAAAACUGGCCUACAUACGACGAUUUAUCUCGAAUUUGGCCGGUCGAUGUCAACCUUUCAAUAGAUUGAUGAAAAAGGAUGUGCACUUUGAAUGGGAUGAGGCUUGCAGCAAUGCUUUUGCACGCAUCAAAACAUACUUACUUAAUCCUCCAGUUUUAGGUGCUCCUAUCCCAGGAAAGCCUUUGGUGCUGUAUAUUGCGGCCCAAGAAAGGUCUCUAGGUGCUCUUAUGGCACAAGAAAAUAAAGAGGGGAAAGAAAGAGCCCUUUAUUAUCUAAGUCGAACUCUCAAUAGGGCUGAAUUAAAUUAUUCUCCUAUUGAAAAGAUGUGUCUAGCUCUUUUCUUUGCCAUAGACAAACUGAAGCACUACAUGCAAGCAUAUAUGGUCCGUUUGAUAGCAAAGGUAGACCCAAUCAAAUAUGUCCUCUCUAGGCCAGUGAUUUCGAGUCGAAUAGCUCGAUGGGCAGUCUUGCUUCAGCAAUAUGACCUUGCAUACGUUCCACAAAAAGCCGUCAAAGGACAAGUAUUGGCAGAUUUCUUAGCUGAUCACCCAGUUCCGUCUGAUUGGGAGUUCUCUGAUGAUUUCCCAGAUGAAGAUGUGUUUUACAUUGAAGUAAUGCCACCAUGGGUGAUGUUUUUCGAUGGGGCUGCACGUCAAGAAGGAGCGGGGGCAGGUGUAGUGUUUGUUUCUCCACAACGGCAUAUACUUCUUUACUCGUUCUCAUUAAGUGAACUUUGCUCUAACAACGUAGCUGAAUAUCAAGCGUUGAUCAUCGGUCUCCAGAUGGCUAUUGAGAUGGGCAUAUCACAACUUGAGAUUUUGGGGGACUCCAAAUUAGUUAUCAACCAAAUCUUGGAGCAAUAUGACGUCAAGAAAGAAGACCUCAUCCCCUAUUGCAAAUAUGCGAAGAAGUUGCUAGCAAAUUUUGAAGUCAUCACAUUGGAGCAUAUACCAAGGAAGGAGAAUAGACAGGCCGAUGCUUUAGCUAAUUUGGCUACUGCCUUAGCAUUAUCCCAAGAAGAGACAACCAAAGUCGCUAUUUCCCAAAGGUGGGUGGUACCUCUCGUGGUUGAAGAAGAAGAAGAAGAGCAAGCCAACAUCAUUUCUGUAUGCCUUGUCGAAAAAGAAGAUUGGUGA